GAAGACUAAAAAAUCGGGGAAAAAAAUCGCUGUCAAGAAAAGCGCGGACAAAAGAAGCAAGAAGGGAACCUCGUCUCCAGAACCAAAACCUCCCGCAGGUCAACCUCCUUCAGCCACUGUUGACGUCGUCGACCACACUUCCUUAGCCGACAAGAACUCCAAAGUGGCUACUGGCGCGACCACCAGCAUGAAGAAAUUAUUGAAAAAGAAGAAAACGACUACGACUGCUGGUACGAAAGCCGCUACUGCGCCAGCACAAGAACAAUCUGAAGGGGCGGGCGCAGUUCGUGUGGAGAUCGGGUCUUCUUCACCUCCUUCCUCUAAACCUGAUGCCGAUCUUGCGGAUGCCGACAUCACCGACGUCGACUCAAUAAAACCCCUGAACAAUAAACGGGGCCGAAAUAAAGCGAACAAAACCUCGGCGAAGGAAAAGCUGAAAAAACUGAAGGAGCAGCAAAAACCCGACGCUGUCCUCGACAGCCUGCGCGUGAAGAAGCAGCUGAAUUUGACGAAAAAGGAAGAAACAAAAAACCGACGCAAGUGGCUGCGCGAGCUCGGUGUGGUUUCCGAGAAAGAGAAGCAGAAGCAGGAAACGGAGGAUAAGAUCAUCACCAAAAAGGGACAAUUUGUGAUGGAGAAUUCUCUGGUCGACCGGCUGCUGAGGAAUGAGAAGAACAAAUCUAAUUCUGGUACAACUUUGAUGGGUACUGGUAGUUCUCGUUUGUCGAAAUUCGAUAAGAAAUUAUUGCGGACGGGGCAGUUGUCCUGGCAUGGGUACAGACGAGAAGAGAAGGUCAUGGUGACGGAGAACGAGGGAGCGCUGAAUAACGUUUUACUUCAUGACAAAAACCGUAAGAAUGAUCUUUCGCGCGACAACUACAUCGUGCCAGAGUGGAAGUACGAGGAGGCGCUGCGGAGGAGUGGAAAGGCAGCCUCCAACUCUUACGACGGUGCAGCAGCUGCAUCAGCUUCCAAUCAUUCGCAACUGAAACACGCUGGCGCGAAGCUGCCAGACUGCCAAGAUGAAAGUGAAGAAUUCGUCGUGAAAAAGCAAAUCGACGACAGCCUAGCUUUCCUCGGCUGGCGCAGAACUUGGAAGAGAUUUUCCAUGGUCGAGGGGAUUUACCGUGGAAGGAAAAAUCUCUGGAACGACUUCGCGAGUUGCCAAACCACGGAUUUAAUCGUCGAGCAGAAGGGCGGGCUGAGCAGAAAGAGGUUAGUCAAGGACGGUAUGGCGAGUGACGAUGAGGAGAGUUCAGACGAGGAACAUGAUGGGAGAGUAAGAUACGCCUCGGAUUCUGAACGCGAAGCAAUUGCACGAUAUGAACAGGGAGAGGCGGAAAUAGAGGCCGAGUGGGAGGAGGCAAAUACAAAUGCCGUAGAAGCUGAAGAAGAGGAGGAAAGCGGCACAGCGAGCCCAUACUGCGCGACCGCGGAAAGCAGCUCUGAAAAGGGCGAGGAACUCGCACAUGAGGGCAGCUUGCAGGAGGAGGAGAAGCUUUCGCCGCCUGAGGGGGUUCUUCUACCAGAGGACCCCUCUCCUGAGGAUGAGGAAGCCGACCACGCGAACGUCGAAAAAGAACCUUCCAGCGAAAGCGGCAACUCCGAAGAAUUAUUUUCGAAAAAUAAGCUUACCAAGCCCGUUCGUUACAAAUUCGAUUUCUACGGACCAUUUUUCGGCUUCAACUACUACAUCGGUUUCGACGACGGCCCGACAAGUGCAAGUGAAUUGGACGUCGGACCCACGCCUCUUGCGCUCUACCAACUGAACAAAGCCGCGAUCAAGCUCUUUGAUAGGAUGGAACCAAGCGACCGCAACUACCUGGAGAGCGAAGAGCGGGGGCGGAAGCCCAAUGUGAAAAGCUUCGAGGAGACGCUCCAAAGGACGAAGCUGUGCUUGCGGGCGCUGGUGAAGGAAGCGGUUUUUUCCUCCUGUUCCAAUCUGACUUACAGCAAACUUGCAAGAAACUACCUGUUCGAAGAGCAGGAAGAGGACAACAUUAGAGACAGACCGAGGAGAAUACGGCAACUCUUCGAGGAAAACAAGCUCCCAAAGACGCCUCUCCACCCCUUCUUGAAACGCGCGGUGGAGGUGGUGUUCUUUAGCAGUGUGAAGUUUCUGCCUCCGUCCUUGCCCGAUUCGAUGAUCACGAAGUUGUUCGAAAUCGUGAGUAAAACGGACCGACUGUGUACCUUCGAGUUCAAAUUGACCAAGUUCUCAUCUCUGACGUCGGAGAAAAAGAAGAAAACCCAAACCCCACUGAACCAGCUGACCGACGAAGAUAUUUUGGCCGAAUUUUCCUCUGCCGUGGAGACAGAAAAGGAAUUGUGGGCCAGCUUCAAUCGGGACGAAGGAGAUGAAUUCGGGAGGUACAGAAACUUUCCCUCUUGUACAUCAGAGCGGGCUUUGCGAUGGCGCAGUUAUCACUGGAUAACGGUCGUCUUAUCGACGUCCCUGCAGCGGGCGUUGUUGCAAGUGCUGGAGCACACUCUCGCGGGGCGCCAUGUGAGGGUGGUCCGUAGACUCCCGGACGGGAGGGAGAAAGUUGUUUUCCAAACUACAAAGUGGUAUGAAACAGUGUUGAAAAAGUUUCGGAAAGCAGCCGAAGAGCGGAGAAGAGAGAUCGAGUGCGGGUCGUUGUUGUUCGACGACGACAAAGAACUACAUACCUCAGCAGUUCCAUAUCAAAUGCAAAUAUGUCUGGGUCUGGAAAAGUGCCAGGUUUGUGAUGCAUAUUUUCAAUGACCCAUGAUGUCUGUGAUGCUUGCCGUAGCAUCACAGCUUCUGCGACGGCUUUCUGAUGCUCAUACCGCAUGAGAAAUGCCCUCUCCGCGUAGCAAAAACUGGAGCUCUUUUGCUGUUCAUGCAAUACAGAUUUUACGUAGAGUCCCAAGAUAGCAUCACAAGUUGCAUUCUUCCAGACCCAGACAUUUUUGCACUCCAUAUUCCAUCUUUGGAAACAACCCAGGUCGAGAUCCGGAUCAACGGAAAGAAGCAGAAAAAAUCUUCCAAAGCCAAGCAGCAGACCGAGAAGCAAAAAGACCUCCUCCACCACCACAGCCGAGUGUUAUUGAGGCAGUUGCUCCGGAAAGGACCGUAUGGGGAGAUGCAGAAGUACGAUCGGAAGGAAGAUGAAAUCGAUUUUCCCUGGUUCCUCGCGGCCGGAACACAGUAUGAAAAAGAAACACCCGAGCCGGCGGUGAACUACUACUUCAGAGACUCUCUUUAUCGCAAGAAAAAACUGUUUCACUGUGACUGUGAACUUGUGAUGCAUAGAAUGGAGCACAGAACGAUUUGUCUUGCUACACCUGCAAGACAUUGGAUUUUUACUUUUAGGCGUGUCUUUUUUUUGGAAGCGCGCAUGGCAAAUUUUAUGUGUCAUGUGUAACAAACUUGUGAUGCAGAUCUUGCAAAGCCAUCACAGUGAAGCAGUUUUUUCCCUUGAUACUCUUCGCGAAGAGUGUGAAUACUGGAAGGAGCGGCCGGACUAUGGUGCAAAUCGCGAUACUAAGAUCGAGUUUCUGGAGGGAGAUUUGGUGGAUUGCAUGGAGAGACAGGUAGAGAACUGGGAAGGGGAAAAGAAAAAGAGAGAAGAAGCGAAAUUGGCGAAGGAAAACAGCGAGUGGGAUAACGUGUACUACGAGGAAGGAGAGGACGCAGCCGCAAAUGAGGAAGAACAUGAAGUAGACGCAGACAACUCUACUUCCUGGUGGUCAUCGUGGAACCAAGCCGGCAACACAAACACGACUGCUACUGGAGAGUGGCGUGACAAGAUGAACACCUACGGAGAUAAUUGGUGGUCGAGCUCCUCCGGUACAACUGCUUCCACCUGGAUGAACUACAGGAAGACCACGACAUCGUCCGGCUUGUCGGAGGAUAAAAAGACUCGGAGCGACCCGAAAGGAGCCUCUCUGUCCGCAUCCUUUUCGGGGAACAAGAAAUUGAGGCCGAUAACGACUUCCAAAAAGCGGUUGCAGGACUUGGAGGACCACGAGCUGAAAAAAAUCAAGUGGGAAGUUCCGAUGAACAAGGGGAAAUCUUCUGCUGGUAAAGACGAGGAUGAGGGGGACGAUUUCUUCGAGUAAGUAGUUCUUUCCCACACAUCAACUUCUCGUGCUGCCGCUGGAGUGGAAAUCUUCCGCGCGCACGCUUCAAGCACAAACUCGCAUUCUAUUGCAACUCGCGACACGAAUCUUUCGAUAUCUGGUGAAAAAGCUGCGCGCUCCUUACG